AUGACCUGUUUUCUGCUGCCUGACUGCGUGGAUAUUGGCAGAGCGGCAGCUUUGCUCCUCCUCCCCAUCUCUGCCGCUGCUGACUCUGCCCACCAGAGCUGCACAGAGCAGGAAUGGAGGGGGACUUGGGCCAGGAGCGCAGCCCGGCUGCCCGCGCUGCUGCUGGCGCUGCUCGGCUUCGCGCCAGAGCUCCUGUUUGGCCAGGUGCGGGCGCAACCCCAGCAGGUGUCUGGUGUCCUGGGGGGCUCGGUGCUGCUCUCCCCGGUGCUGCCUCCUGGCAGCAGGGUGAAGGAGAUCGAGUGGAGCUUCUCCUCUGGUGCCGGUGCCACCAUCCAGGUGGCUGAAUUUGGCCCAGGGGGAUUCGAGCGCCCCGACCCCCAGGACCGCUUCAAGCAGCGCCUGGAGAUGCCCAACGCCACAGCGCUGAGGAUCGGGGCUCUGGAGCUGGGAGACAGCGGGGUCUAUGGGGCACGGAUCAAACUGCACCCGGCGCUGGUGGAGGACCAAUCCUUCAACCUCUCUGUCUACGAGUCGGUGCCGAAGCCCAGGACCCACAGCCAACUGCUGGCCAGCACCCUGGAGUGGUGCAACCUGACCUUGCAGUGCCAGGGCACUGGCAAAGGGGCUGUCAACGUCACCUGGAGGAGGGACAACGGCCGGCAGGAGCUGGGCACUGACCGCUCACAGCUGUCCCCGGAUGGCACCACGCUGCGCCUGGCCCUGCAGCCUGGCACUGCCAAUGCCACCUACACGUGCACUGUCAGCAACCCUGCUGACCAGAAGGUCGUCCCUUUCGACCUGCAGAGCAUCUGCCGCAGUGGAGGAGGGCAGGUGUCCUUCUCCAAGUCAGGGUACAUCGUCCUCACCCUCAUCCUGCUGGCUGUCAGCCUUGGUGGAGCCUUCUGGUGCUGGCGGCUCAACAGCGAGAAGUCAGCAGAUCCAGCUGCCACCCCCACAGCACCAGCAGAGGAGAGCCCCCCAGAACCCCAAUACACCGAGAUCGUGCACCGCAGCCCCCCGGAAGGUAAUGACCAGGGCCUACGUCCCCCUGAAAACAACCCAGAGCCGACCUCGACAGAGAAAGCACCGGGCAGCACCGUGUAUGAACAGAUCCACCAGGAGCCAGAGGACACGGCCGAGGAGGCACCGACAGCGCUGGAGCAUCAGGAUGUAACUGAAGGGCUGUAACGUGCAUUGUGUGCCAAACCCGACCCCUCUCCAGCCCCUGGUUUGGCUCCAGGGAUGGAGGUGCCAUCUCUGGGUACAGCCAGCCGGAUGCUUCCCCACCCACCUCUGGUUUGUCCAACCCUCUGUCCGAAGCCCUCGUGGCCCCUUUGGGGACAUGGAGAUGAGCGGCAACGAUGAGGCUGAGUCCCUCCUCUGGCACAGGGCUGGGAUGUGGCUCCAUCACCCACACAGCUGGGGGUCCCAGCCCCAUUUCUGCCAACUGAGAGAGUGGGCUGCCCUGGAGCAAGAAGAGGGGAACCAAAACCUUCAAUUUUUGGGGGGGAGGGAGGAAUUGGGGUCAAGUGGAGGCAAAGUUGGGUGGGCGGGGGCAGAUCCAAGCACUGCAGAUCCAGGAUGGGACCACCUGGGGCAGCUUGGCCCCCGACCCCCACUGUUCCCAACCCCCUCUCCUGAGGUCGGGCAGACCCUGGUUGUGACAUCCCCAGGGCCAUGUGGGGGGACCAACGCCUGUGGGAGAUGUGCCCGCUCUUCCCCCACCCCAUAGCCAUUCCUGUGUCGCCUAUGUGCUGCCAUUAAGGGGGGGGAGGGGGAAGGGGGGAAGUUUCACUUGUGUGUGUCCAGCACCUACUGUCAUGGACCCCGUGCUCGGCCCGACCUCCCCACGUUGUAAAAACAGCAAAUAAAUCUUGGUGAGAGAGUAGCAGGGAGCUGACAGCAUGCGUGGGGCCGUGUGUGGGGCUGUGUGUGUGGGACUGUGCACGCAGGCGUACAUCUGCUGCGCACACCCACAUGUGGACCCCUCGCAGUCACGUCAUCCCGGGGCUGUGCACAGUUUGCUGCUGCCUCCCCAGAAGCCACUUCUUGCUUCCCCCUUUUGGAAACACAGAAGCAGCAGUGGUUAGCGGCUCUGCACCGUCCCAACUCCUUGUGCUUCUUCAAAUCCUCCAUCCCCCCUGCAGGCAUGGGGCUGUCUCCCACGUUCUCAUGUCUCUGCCUCUUUGCUGCUGGGAUUUUAUUUCAAGAAAAGUGAGGGAAAACAGCCUGGUGGGGUGGGAGCAUUCUCUUGGUGCAGUCUCAGGCAAUGGGGAACAUGCGCUGCUUGUGCCAGGUGUCUGGCACAGCCAGACCAGCUGCUGUUAUUUACCCAACUUCGACAGCAUCCGGGCUCCAUCCCUCAUUUAUUGCCCCAGGAGCCCUGGAUACAUUGCAGAGCUACCGUGGGGAUGGGCAGGGUCUCAUGUUGUCCCCAAGCUGCCACUCCCCAGGAACCUGUGGGUAGAUUUGCAUGUGUCCUCCCCACCGCUUGCGCAGCUGAGGCUGCUGCUGCUUCGAGUUGGGGAUGGAGAGAUGGGGCAACUGUGUGGCCGACGGUGUCCCUUCAUCCCUAGGCUGCUGGUUCUGCUACUUGUCACCACAGGCACUGCAGCUGUCCAGAUCAAGCCAGUGAGCGGUGUGCUGGGGCACUCGGUGCAGCUCCCUCUGCAGCUGCACCCUGGCAGCCGUGUGAAGAGGAUCAUCUGGAGCUUCGGAGCCAAUGCCAGCAAGAAAAUAGA